CGCGACUUUACAACAACAUCACUCGCUCAUAAACAACACGCAUUUUCCUCUGAAGCUGCAGUCCGAUCUCUACUGUGCACUCGUUGCUCAUUGUUCCUUCUGUCUUUACAGCAACAACCGAACAACGCGCAUACAGAUACUGAACGAUCUAGCCUCACGAACGACACUCUUUCGGACAACAUUGUAUUCAAUCAAGCGUAGACUACUACUCUCGACGAAUAAAGAGCGACUCAUCGACGACUAAGCGUGUAUUAGCAACAAAAGUUCACCUUUCGUCCAAGAUGGCUUCCACAACUCCAAUCCGACGCCCUUUGGGUAACCUCAACCGCAACCAUGCCCUCACCCCACAAGGAACGCGGAAUGUGUCCGAGGCACUCAAGAGUACUUCAAAGUCAGUUUUCGUGGACAAGAUAUUGCAAACAACUACGCGAGGAGGGACGACGACAACCGAUGAAGUUGGCAGCGAAGGUGGAUUGGAUGGCGAAAAAAGGGUUAUCUCUGAUGAUGGCAACGGUGUACGGGCCAGCAAAAGACAGCGAAUCAUGGCUACUGGGGCACAAGUUGAUGUACGACAAUAUGAUCUAUCAUCCAGAGCCGAAGUGCAGGGCGGAUUGGACGAAGAUGAGUCGGCUGGCGUUUAUAUUGAGAGAGAUGAUGAGUUCGAACAACCUGAACCGCUUGAAUCGGAUCUUGGUUUUCCAUCGCAAGAAACACCAUCCUCUCCAGUUUCAUCAGCCGGGUCCAGCAUUCCGUCCCCAACAGCUGCUGUCAACGAAUCACAGAACACCACAAUCACCGAACCAGAUGAUAUCCAAGUUCUCUGGCCUGUCAUUCCUAACAUCAUCGCUGUUCCACGACCCUUGACCGUUGAGGAAGUCAAACAAAAAGCCAAGGAGAUCAGACUGCGUCUUAGCCUAGCAAACUACAAAGUCCGCACCAAUCAAAUAGACGUUCCCAUCUCUCGCCUUCAGAUCAGAUCCUCCACCUUCCCAAACCGACUUGGACUGUCCGGCGCGUCCCGUGUAUCCAGAACUCCUUUGCCCUCUGCCAGCCUCCACAACAUCAGCCUCCAAAAACCCUCAGCCGAAAAGUCGCGUAUAUUCUCUGCCUCUAUCCCUUCUUCACCACCAUCUAAAGUCCGUCCUGGUCCAACCUCGCGCUUGGCGUCACCUACGAAACAAAGAGAUUCUGUCGCCGAUGGACUCUCUACACCACUUCUUCCACGACAACGGGAAGGACUGUUGAAUCCACCCAUGCUGGGAAGUCCAGAGGAACGUCAUCUUACCAGCAGUGUUGUCAAGGGUCGUGCUGCGGAUGGACUUUUGAGCUUGAUGCGCCACCAGGGCUAGGCUUAGUGCGAUGGUUGUUGCCUUCAUGUAUAUAAGUAGUCCAGAUAUGGAUGUGUGUGUGAUGAUUGUGCGAUUUCGAGAUGGGAUGGUUGGCAUGGAUGGGCUGCAUUGGGGGUAUUAUGAUGAUUCAAGAACACGAUGACCUGGUUCUCUGAGGAACAAUUCAAUCAAG